AGCAGCAGCAACAGCAGCAACUCGGACAGAAAGCGACCCAGAGAGUGCGCGCGCGCGCGUGUGUGUGUGUGUGUGUGUGUGUGUGCCUGUGCGUGCGUGUGAGUGCGUGUGCGUGCGUGCGUGUGUGUCUGUGUAUAUGUCUGUGAGUGUGUGUGUGUGAGAGAGAGAGAGAGAGAGAGAGAGAGAGGAAGGGAAAUCAGGGAUGCAGCGCGCUCCCUGAAGCGCGCAGCCUGAACAUGGCACUUUCUCGGAUUUAUCCAGUCCUCAUUUUCCUGCUGCUUUUCUUUUCCUGCUUGGGACCGGGCCGAGGCGCGCGGAACUACCCUGAUAAUGAAGUUACGUUACUGGACUCGAUGUCGGCUCUGGGGGACCUUGGAUGGGAGGCGUAUCCAGCAGAAGGGUGGGAGGAGAUCAGCGUGAUGGACGAGCGCAACACGCCCAUGCGCUCGUACCAAGUGUGCAACGUGAUGGAGGCCAACCAGAACAACUGGCUCCGCACUCGCCACAUCGCCCGCCACGGCGCUCAGCGCAUCUACAUCGAGAUCAAGUUCACGCUGCGUGACUGCAACAGCCUUCCCGGAGUCCCUGGGACUUGCAAAGAGACGUUCAACAUGUACUACCACGAGUCCAACAACGACAACCUGUGGUUCAUCAAGGAGAGCCAGUACGUCAAGAUCGACACAAUCGCUGCAGAUGAGAGCUUCACGCAGACCGACGUUGGCGACCGCGUCAUGAAACUGAACACAGAGGUUCGGGAUAUCAGCAACCUGAGCAAAAAGGGCUUCUACUUGGCCUUUCAGGAUGUUGGUGCAUGCAUCGCUCUUGUCUCACUGCGGGUUUUCUAUAAGAAGUGUCCGGCCGCCGUGCACAACCUGGCGCAUUUCCCCGAUACCGUGACAGGGGGAGAUUCGGCACUUGUUGAGGUGCAUGGAUCGUGCGUUAACGACUCCGAGGAGUUUGAGUCACCGAAGAUGUACUGCAGCGCCGAUGGUGGGUGGCUGGUACCGAUCGGGCGCUGUAUCUGCAAGCCAGGCUUCGAGGAGGGCAAGGACUACUGCCAGCCUUGCAGACCAGGUACAUACAAGGCCUCGGCCAAAGACGCCUACUGCACCAAGUGUCCUCCACACAGCUACUCGCAGCAGGAGAAGGCGUCCGAGUGCACAUGUGAGAAGGGCUACUACCGCGCUGACAUGGACCCUAGAUCUAUGGCCUGCACUAGGCCUCCAUCAGCUCCAGAAAAUGGCAUCUCCACACUGAAUGACACAUCUGUUGCACUGGAGUGGCGUCCUCCGCGAGACAGCGGCGGCCGCAGUGACCUCGCCUACAACGUGCACUGCAGGAAGUGCGCACCAGACGGCAGGAAGUGCGGCCCAUGUGGAGGCGGAGUCCACUUCACGCCACGGCAGUUCGGCCUCGAUGCAACGAAAGUGCUCGUGUCUGGCCUGCAUCCUAACACCGACUAUAAGUUUAGUAUCGAGGCGAUCAACGGCGUCUCCGAUCUGAGUCCGAGUCCAAAACAGCAGCUCACCGUUAAUAUCACCACCGGCCAGACAGUGAGUGUUAUUCUGAAAGAAAGGAAGAGUAAAGACAGCAUCACUCUGGCGUGGCAGGGACCGGACAGACCCAACGGAGUCAUCGUCGAAUAUGAAGUCAUCUAUUACGAGAAGAACCAGCGAGAUCAGAACUACACGGUGCUGAAGACGAAAUCUAACAUGAUGACGGUCGAAGGCUUGAAACCUGGCACCACGUACGUAUUCAGGGUUCGAGCUCGAACUGACGGAGGCUACGGCAGCUACAGCGGAGAGAUCGAGCUGGAGACGAGCCAGGAAGAUAUGCUGGCGAUUGGAGAUCCGAACCAGUCCACCAUCUUGGCGGUGUCGAUAGCAGGAGGCGUGGUGCUGCUCGUCUUCCUCGUCGCCUGCUUCGUAGUGAGCGGAAGACACUGCGGCUAUAUCAAGGCGAAACAAGAUCCCGACGAGGAGAAGAUGCAAUUUCAGCAUGGCAGAGUCAAAUUGCCAGGAAGUAGGACGUACGUCCAUCCACAUACCUACGAGGACCCAAAUCAAGCCAUUCGCGAUUUUGCUAAGGAAAUUGACGCCUCCAGCAUCCGCAUAGAGAGGGUCAUUGGUGCCGGGGAAUUUGGUGAGGUGUGUAGCGGCCGUCUGAAGCUGCCAAGCAAGCGAGAGAUCUAUGUAGCCAUCAAGAGUCUGAAAGCUGGUUACACAGAGAAGCAGAGGCGUGAUUUCCUGAGCGAGGCGAGCAUCAUGGGCCAGUUCGAUCACCCAAACAUCAUCCGGCUGGAGGGGGUUGUCACCAAAUGCAAGCCGGUGAUGAUAAUAACCGAGUUCAUGGAGAACGGAUCCUUGGAUACUUUCUUAAAGAAACAUGAUGGUCAGUUCACCAUUAUCCAGCUGGUAGGAAUGCUGCGCGGAAUCGCAUCCGGGAUGAAGUAUUUAUCGGACAUGAACUACGUCCACCGUGACCUGGCUGCUCGGAACAUCCUGGUCAACAGCAACCUGGUGUGUAAAGUGUCGGAUUUCGGCUUGUCCCGAGUGUUAGAAGAUGACCCCGAAGCUGCUUAUACGACACGGGGUGGAAAAAUCCCCAUUCGAUGGACAGCACCGGAGGCCAUCGCGUACAGGAAGUUCACCUCAGCGAGCGACGUGUGGAGCUACGGUAUCGUCAUGUGGGAGGUGAUGUCGUAUGGCGAGCGGCCAUAUUGGGAAAUGUCCAAUCAAGAUGUAAUAAAAGCGAUCGAAGAGGGAUACCGCCUCCCCCCGCCAAUGGACUGUCCAGUGUCUCUUCACCAGCUGAUGCUGGACUGCUGGCAGAAAGAGCGAGCUGAGAGACCCAAGUUCAGCCAGAUUGUCAACAUGCUAGACAAGCUGAUCCGAAAUCCCAACGCCCUGAAAGAGCUGGCCAACAGUUCCAUCUGGGAAGACCCGAUCACCCCAGAGUUCAGCGUCAAUAGUGUGGAUGAGUGGCUGGAUGCCAUAAAGAUGGGCCAGUACAAGGACAACUUCACCUCUGCUGGCUACGUCACAUUAGAUUCAAUAAUCUACAUCAGUGUAAGUGAGUUGAGUAAGAUGGGUGUGACCCUCGUUGGGCACCAGAAGAAGAUCCUCGCUAGUGUCCAGAGUCUGCACGCCCAAGGAAGCCAUGUGCAAGUAUAACAGCUCUGGACAAACUGAAAGACAGAUAGAAGAGGAAAAAGAGAGACAGUGUGGAAGUGUGGAACCCAGAACAGUGCUUCACCAUGCCAACCCCCAAUCCCGGACGUUUGGCUGCAGCCCAAGAGCUCACAAUUUGUGCAGCGGAACCAGAGACUGAUUAGCAGUGGAAAAUUCAGACCAGACGGAUGAUGGUCAAACACAAACUCUGAUGAUUUAUGAACAUUAUUGUGAGAUGUGUACAGUCAUUCGCAUUGUCGUUUCCUGUCAUUUGCUUCAUUUUUCGAGGUUUGAUUUAGAUGAAUAAAAAGGUGCCUGGGUAGAUUUGGACCUAAGGGUGGUGUGUUUGGAGCCACAGUAUGGGCCUUGUAGUGUUGUGCUCUGAACAUGAUAGCAGACAGGAAGUGUGAUUUGCAGCCCUGGCUCACAAGAUGAUGUUUAUCUAGACUGGCCAUUUUUAACGGUCUUCAGUAAUAAUUAUAUGAGGUACUCUUUCUGGUCGGAUUCCCUCACUCUCGGCAAUAUGAGAUUAUGUUUCACCAGCGGAAGUAGGGCUAGCAGCGUUCUGGAAAUGUAAUGUAAUCCCGGUCUUUGCGGUAUUUGCGAUUACAGCAUUAUGGUAUGAGGAAACAUUGCAAUGAGUAGCUAAUUUAUGGCUAAGAUAAGAUUUGUCCCAUACUGUAAUAUCCAGUAGAGAAUGUCAGGGGUUUGUCUUUUUUUUUUUAGUCAGUACAGUAUUAGUCAUACUGUGGGCUGGUGUCUGAUAGUUAAUGCUAGUAAUGGUUAUUAAAAUUAAGGAUGGGUUUCCUUCAAUGCACCAGUAUUGUCUUUUAAAAAAUGAGUGAGAAUGUCUCUGUGUGUGGACCUAUAAACUGACUUAUUUUGGGUUGGUUUUCAUUUCAUGACUGCAGAAAAGCGGAACAUGCCGUUUGUGUAUGUAGAGCACCACGGUACACAUGCUAUACACGGUGUCUUUGAGAACUUUAAAGGAAUUCUCUAUGUAAAAACAUCAAAAUAAAGGACAGCAGGUAUUAUAUAACAAUGCCAGCUGUCAUAUAAUUGAUGACAGCAGUGGCUUUUUUUUGAACCAAGUAUUCCUUUAAAGUUUUAAAGCAAAUUAGCCUACACCAUUAGCUUCGUAGCUAAGAUGAGAGCAUUGAAUCCCAAUUAAUAUAGUAAUUAACAAAAUCCUGAGUAUGGCAAGAUGUAACACAUAGCGCAACAAUGCAUGGGAGCGUGAUUUGUGUUUAGCGUUAUGAGGAACACGUAAUAUAUAUGCAGACUCUUCCCAGGUAGCAAACUGAUGCUUGGGUGGCUAGAUUGGCUCUCCUUGUACAACGUUUUGUCAAUGUUAGGCCAACAUUGGCAAGGUGGAUUUAAACGUGGAUGAAUGUGGCCCAAUGCUAGCCCAAAGGACAAAAUUAUAUUGGGCAACUGUUGGGAAGUUGGACUUAAAGGCGGCCAAAAAUUGGUCCUGGUGGCCCAAUUUUAGCCCAAUGGACAAAAUUAUAUUAAGCCAGUGUUGGCAAGCUGGAUGUAAUGGGUGUAAAGGUGGCUAAAAGUCUGUCGACCCGGGUCGCCCAAUGCUAGCCCAGUGUAUUUUGCAACCCAACUCUGGGCAAUGGCUGGCAUGGCUGGCAAAGUCAAUUUGCUACCUUGGUGAUCUCUGAGCAUUAACAUCGGCCACCAUGUCCUUCACCGUAUGUUUGUUUACAGCAGAACAAGAAACGCAACUUACACUCUUGUAAAAUAGUGUAUAAAGGUGUACAGCGUCGAAUUCAAACGAGUGAACAAAAAGCUGUAGAAUGUUUGUAAUGUACUUUAUUUCAUUUUCUGAAGAAGAAAAAGAAGAUGUGGGACGUAUCGAUUGGUGGAGCUCGCCGACAUGGGAUAUAACAGAACUCUGGAAUGUAGCAUGGAUGCUAAAGCUUCAUCUUUUAUAAGCAAGUGACAGUGACUGCGGUUCUUUUUUCACUCCAGUGGUGGCUGUAGCUGCUUGACGUUAGAUGCCUUACUAACUGUGCUGUUUCUUUCUCUUCUUCCUGGUAGAGGCAGUAUCAUGAUGAGAUAUAGUGUACAUAGUAUUUAUCAGAACAACGCCACUGAAAGCUAUAGUGAAUGUCGGCGCAACACGUCCGGCUUUGUGUUAAUUCACCUUUCAGAGGUUGAACCUUCUUUCGUUCACAGUAUUCAAGCUUGUGUUGGUGCAUGUAACUUUGGGGAAAGAGUGAUCACAAACCUAUUCAUGCUGAUUUUGCUGCAUUUACAACACUACUAUUUUUGUACUAGUUCUGUAAAGUAUCCAUUUCAUUUACGCAACAAAAGUCAAAUGUAGGUUCCUAGUAGAUUCUUAAGAAUAGCUUACUAGCAAACUCCUUGUCUUUUAAACCAUAUGUUUUCUCUUUAGUACUAUGGAGCCUAAAUGAAGACAUCCCUACUUAUUAAAAAUAAUUCUUGCCCACAACUUAUUAACAUGUGGGAACGAUGAGCGGGGUUGGAAGAUGAGUGAGGUUAUUAAGUUGUGGGGACAAGGUCAUUAAGUCAUGGUCAUGACUUAGUAAUGCGAGGGAACGAGAUAAUUAAAGUCAUUGGUAUGACUUAGUAACGCAAGUGAACAACAUAAGUCAUGGCCACAACUUAGUAACUUGAGGGAAUGAGAUAAUUGAGUUAUGGCCAUGACUUUGUAAUAUGAGGGAAUGGGAUAAUUAAGUUGUGGCCAUAACUUAUUAAUGCAAGGGAACAAGGUAAUUAAGUUGUGGCCAUGAUGUAGUAACUCAAGAGAAGAAGAUAAUUAAGUUAUGGCCAUGACUUAGUAAUGCGAGGGAACGAGAUAAUUAAGUUGCGGUCAUGACUUAUUAAUGCGAGGGAACAAGAUAAUUAAGUUGUACUCAUGAUGUGGUAACAGAAGGGAAUGAGAUAAUUAAGUAGUGAACAUGAUUUAAUAAUGCAAAGGAAUGAGAUAAUUAAGUCAUGGACACGAUUUACAAAGCAAGAGAAUGAGAUAAUUAAGUUGUGAACACAAUUUAGUAACACAAGAACAUGAGAUAAUUAGGUAGUGAACAGGAUUUAGUAACACGAGGGAACGAGAUAAUGGUUGUGAACACGAUUUAGUAACACAAGAACAUGAGAUAAUUAAGUUGUGAACACGAUUUAGUAACAAGAGAACGAGAUAAUUAAGAAGUGAACAUGGUUUAAUAACAUGAGGGAAAGAGAUACUAAAUCGUAUUCACAACUUAAUUAACACAAGAACAUGAGACAAUUAAGUUGUGAACAUGAUUUAGUAACAAGAGAACGAGAUAAUUAGGUAGUGAACAGGAUUUAGUAACACGAGGGAACGAGAUAAUUACGCCAAGGCCACGAUUUAGUAACACAAAUAAAUGAGAUAAAUAAGUCAUAAUCACAAUUUAGUAAUUGGAGGGAAUGAGAUAAUGAAGUAAUUGCGACGGUUAGAGAAUGGUCAUGGUCACCACCAGGCGCUUGGGGAAAAAAGCUGAAGAUUACGCGAGGAGAAAUGACGUCUUCAGUAAAGAUCUAGCUUCAAAUUUGAGUUUCAAUCUGAUUUCAGCACAAUCUUGCCUAAUUAAUUUGUGGCCACAUUUAAUUAUCUCAUUCCCACAAUUUAAUGAUCUCGUUCCCUCGAGUUAGCAAGCCAUGGCCAUGCAUUAUUUUUUUUAUUAAGUAGGAAUGUCACCAGUGAGGCUCCUUGUAGUACAGAAAUUACCCCAGUGACAUUUUCCAUUUCUUGCUAAUGGUGUAGUUAUUCCUUAUUUGGUGUACUGUAAUUAAAUAUAAAACCAUAAUUGCCCAUACAUAAUUUAGGACAAAGCAUAAUCUGUAACACACUGUGCAAUUUCUUUGAAACAAUUCCAUGUUUGAUCUGAGUCUAAAUGCUCAUUAUUAAAUCUGAUUAUUAAAAGGUCUGUACAUUUUACAGGAGAAUUUUACAUAAAACAAUAGAGUUCAUGAAAGCUCCUGAGGGAAAACGAGUUUAAAUUGCUAAUGUCUCCUAUGUUAUUAUUUAUUUGAGGUACAAUGACAAUUUUUUAAUUAUUAUUGUUUUGCUUUUUGACUUUUUUUCACAUAUUAACACUAAGUGUAAGCAAAUUAAUCAUUCGUUCCAGCUCAAGCACUCUUAAUGACACUUAUUUACUGACUGCAAACGAAAGAGAAAGACACAAACUGCAAUAUUCAUUUGAAAAGCUGAUUCUGUUUUUCAUUUUUAUGUUCUUAAGUCUACUAGAGGAGACAGACAGUGUGGUGAUUAAGAUUAAGUGAACAUGGGAUAUAUUUUGGGAGGCAUCACGAGACCAAAAAAAAAAAAAAAAAAGAAGUGACCAUGUGAUUUAUUGAUCCAAAUUUAAGAAUAUAGUCACAAUCGAUAGGGCGAGUGUCCAAAGAUGGACUGAACCUACGUUCACACUAGCACCAUUCAUACGUGUGAGACACAGGGCCGUGAUUUCUGAGAAAAAGUGACAGCGUGAAAACAUUUGAAUUGAGAUUUUCUCAAUUCUAUCCAAAUUAGGAUCCAAAAAAUUCACUUGAAUGAUACUUUGGACCAAUCCUCUAGCCUGAGGUUUCUUCAGUUCCCCACUUACAACCUGCUCUUAAAUCUACGAAAAACUCAUACCUGUGGUUUUCUCUUAUCCCGUCAUAUACAGUCUCUCGAUUAAACCUUUACCGAAACAUUACAAAGAAAAAUUAAACUCAGAAGCAAGUGGCGGAGAUCGUUGACGCCUCUGAUGAUUGGAUGUAGCUAGUACAGUUUUCUCGCUUUGCUAAUCUGUUAAUAAGGCUAGUGCGAAGCCAAGCACGUAACAUGCAAGUCAACCAAUUUUCACACCAAUUAGUAGUUAACUGUUAACAAUUAACCAGUUAGCUGUAGACUGUACAUUUUGGCUACUACCGUUAAAUAAAAAAGCUGGACAGGCCACGCCCACUAUCGACAACCGUAGCGGUCGCUACACAUAUGCCAGAGACAAACCAUGGGGUAGUUUUUUCCAAUCCUGUUCCCAUGAGCAGAUGUGUAGGAUGUGUUUUCAGCAGCCCUGAAAAUAUCAGCAGUGGUUUUUGUUGCUAAAAUAUUUGUACAUGAUUUAGCUCGAAACAUUUUCAUGGGGUGGCAGCCAUGACUUUUUCAAAAAAAUGUAAAUUUUAUUUUGAUUAUAUUUAGUAAGUUGUUUGUGUCCAAAUAUGUGAAGUGUGUGUGUGUGUGUGUGUGUGUGUG